AUGGAGAACCGCUCUGAGCUGGUUUUGAUCCUCCACGGUUUGAACGACUCUCUGAUAAACCGUCAGAUCUUCUUCUCCUUCGCUCUCAUGUCUUACCUCCUCACCAUCUUCGUCAACCUGACGCUCAUCGUGGUUGUGUGCCUUGAUAAGUCGCUCCACGAGCCCAUCCACAUCUUCCUGUGUAAUCUUUGUUUUAAUGGCAUCUGUGGCGCGUCCAGCUUCUACCUGAAGCUCCUCCCCGACCUCCUGGCCGACGCUCACGUCAUCACGUACACCGGCUGUCUGACUCAGAUCUUUGUGGUCUAUUGGUACGUGUUUGUCGAGUUCACCAGCCUCACCGUCAUGGCAUAUGACCGCUACCUGGCCAUCUGUAAGCCGCUCCAGUACCACACAUUGAUGACGGCGCAGAAGGUGGGGCAGCUGCUGGUGCUCACGUGGAUAUUUUCGCUGCUGGAGAUUUUGGUGGGCAUCGCUCUGACGGCCCGUCUGCCACUCUGUGGACGCCACAUCCCCAAAAUCUUCUGCACCAACUGGGAGGUGGUGAAGCUGUCGUGCACCGACACCACCAUCAACAACAUCUACGGCUUCGUGCUCAUGUUCUCGCACGUCUCGCAGACAGCUCUGAUCCUGGUGUCCUACACGCACCUGGUCCGUGCCUCACUACGGCUGCACUCCAACCGCAGGAAGUUCAUCCAGACCUGCCUGCCCCACAUGGUCACGCUGCUCGUCUUCACCAGCUCACUCGUGUUUGACAUCAUGUACUCUCGCUACAGCGGCGGCAGCGAGCUGCAGACGCUGAAGAACAUGCUGGCGGCAGAGUUCCUGGUUGUCCCACCCCUCAUCAACCCAAUCAUCUACGGCAUCAACCUGCACCAGAUCCGCUCCAGAGUCCUCCACAGCUUCAGCCUCAAGGCCUGA